UUCAUUAGUUGAAUCAAUCACCGAUUUACCCGAUUCCUUCGCCGGGUCAGGUUUAACAGCACAUGGAGAUGGAGUGGCUCCGCCCUCUCCCAAGGUGGACCACCACUACAGCCAACUGCAAUAGCUCCUCUGCCUUCUAUAUUUUGGCAAUGACUGGAUUUUUGGUACCUCCACGUCUGGCUUUUCCUAUCACUUGCUUCUUUCCUCAGCGACAAUCAUGACUUUUGUAGCUAAGCAAUGGGUUUUCUUGCCCGUCGUAGGAGUGGUUAUCCUCUUCUUGCAACCAUUUGCUCUGGGCAAUCCUCAGGUCCCUUGUUACUUCAUUUUCGGCGACUCCCAAGAUGACAAUGGCAACAACAAUUACCUGAACACUACUGCCAAGGCAAAUUAUCCACCUUACGGCAUUGAUUUCCCGGAAGGUCCAACUGGUCGCUUCACCAAUGGGCGAAACCAAGCGGACUUCAUAGCUGAGCUCCUUGGAUUUGAGGGCUACAUGCCUCCAUUUGCAAAAAUAAAAGGCCAGCACAUCACUAAAGGUGUUAAUUAUGCAUCAGCAGCAUCCGGAAUUCUUGACCAGACAGGUCGCCAGCUGGGCGAUAUCGUCAGCCUCAACCAACAAUUGCAAAAUCAUAGAAGAGUAACUUCACAGCUUGCGAGAUUAAUCGGGAACGAAGCUGCAACAAAAGAAUACCUAGCCAAAUGUUUGUAUACUUUUGCAAUUGGAAGUAAUGAUUACAUCGACAGCUACUUACUCCCAGAAUAUUAUCCUACAAGCCGCCUACGUACUCCAAGACAAUUUGCUAGAAUGUUGAUUAAAGAAUAUUCUCAGCAACUACGGAAAUUGUACAGAUUGGGGGCAAGAAAAAUAGCUAUCUUUGGGCUAGGUUUCCUUGGUUGUGUGCCUGGUUUGUUAUCUAUAGAUGGUACAUGUGUGGAUUCUUUAAAUAGUGAAGUUCAGUUAUUCAAUGAGGAGCUCAAGCCACUGGUCGAUGAACUGAAUACCGAGUUAAGCAGUGCACAUUUUAUCUAUGUAAAUGUGACAGCAAUCACUUUGAAUACUAUGCCUGCAGUGACGAAAGUGUCCGACCUGAUCACCGCGGGGGCGUCCGGGGUAAACAAGAGGCCGCCAAAGCGCAAGGACAUGGCAGAACCGUCCACUCGGCCGAAAAAGAAAACGACACCGGUCCAAACCACUACGGCCACGGCGAGCCGGAGAUCCCCCGUGAUAAUCACCGGGGAGGUCUCCCGCACCUCGGCCAUUCCAGUCGGGGUGCCCAUUAGAGGGGUGACAAUAACCUAUCCACCACGGGGCAGGGGAACGACGGCGUUUCCUGAAGUCCCCGUGACGGGUUCUUCCCUGUUCAACCUCCACAACGUGCCUUCACAAGAAGUCGGGGAGGAUAAACGGCACUCCGGCGCGCAAUGGUGUCCGGAGUGGGAGCUCAACGUAAAUGAUCGCUGCAAAAAUCCCUUGGUCGCUCAGGAGCUCCUGGUCCAUUCAGUUCUACCAAGGGAUAACACCUACGCCAGGAAGCUCACUCCGGGCGAACUGAUGCAAAGCGUAUCCGUCAGUUGGGCCUCCACCACGGCCUUCCUCGCCGAACUGACUCAGCGCUAUACCAGGCUGGUCGAAAACUAUCAGCCUUCGUCCGAGCUUGAGAAGAAGGUUGCCGAGCUGGAGGAAAAACUAAAGACGACCGAGCAGGAACGUGACAAGGCCGAGGCGGCGCGAGAGCAGGCCGAGACUACCAAGAAUUCCUUGAUGACGGCCCUUGAAGAAGAAAAAGAUAGGAGGGCCCAAGAGGAACAGUCAACUCAGGCGGCCAUUGAGAAAGUAGGGACCUCUGCACUGGAGGCCUUCCGAAAAUCUGAGGGUUUUCUCAAGGACCUUGGCGAGCUCACAUUGCCGAGUUUCAUGUUCGGAUACACCUCAGCAGUUCAUGAUGCGGCUCCCUUCCUCACUCCGGAACAGCUGGAGUCCCUUCACAACAAGGAUAAUUUUAACGAGGAUGCUAAGGAACUGUUCGACCGCAUGGCCGAAGGCAUCCGGGCCGGGAGGGACUUGGCCGAGGUGAAAGAAGAAUUCAACAAGUGGCUGUCUGAGUUUGAUCUGGACGGGGCUGAAAUCCAUGGCGAAGACGACGGUACCGAUGGCGGAGGUGGUGGAGCCGAGACAACUGGGGACAACCAGGACGCCGGGGUAGGGAGUGUGUAGGUGUUAACUUAUCAAUUGCCGAGGUGACGGGUUCUUAGAAUCAUACCCGACCUCGAUACUAUGUAACUUAUUUUGAUCG